AUGAGUCUGGGCAGUCCAGAGCACUUAGAUCAUCGCAUUCGUGGAAAAGUUCGAUGCGGCCGCUCAUCCUUGACCCUUCAAUCGUGGUACCCACAAUCGAGACGAGAGCUGCGCCUGCAAAAUCCACCAUUUCUCGAAGCUCGAGUAGCCUCUUCUGAUGGAACAGGCAAAGCCCACUCCGCGAUUCUUAUCAAGUCCAGCCUGUGUUUGAGUGAUGCUAAAAAGCCUGAUGACCGUAAGUGA